UACACAACUAUCUAUCAUACACUUGGAGUACUAGAGGCGAAAUCUCUGAUAGGAAAAUGUCACAGUUUUCACAUUGUAAAAGUAGGCUAAAUGGGUAGGUUGAAACGAGUGUUGACCCGCAUCUGGUUGCUGUGAGAGAUGAGCCGUGCUGAACAGAAGCAAUGACAUGUUUAUGGCCAGGUGUUGAGGAAUGGACCUUACCAAAUUGCUCCCUGGGUGGAUGAUCUUGUCUUUUGAAGGCUGAAUCCAGUAUCCGACACCUGAUUUGUCUGGCGAAGUGUUCCCUCUCAGCCACAAACAUGAAAUAUAUGCUCUGGGGUGAGCAAUAUCAACUUUUAUUGAGGGACACACUCCUCCCAGUCUGCAUGGGUCUUUGGGUCAGAAGUCGCAGUCGGUUCAUCAAGUUUGUCGAUGUCUCACAGGGGUGAAAGAGUAGCCUCAGGCCGCUCCAGAUCCAGGAGAGCUGCUUCCUCUCAGACGGCUGGUCAGGAGGUUUGGAGACCCGGUUCUGAUGACUGCGUUCAGGAUCCGCUGCCAGACCCGACCCAGACACUGAGCCAGGAGAUAUCUGGAUAUUUAACACCUCUGCCAUCAGAGUUUUCUGUUUUUGUGUCCACAGGUCAGGACCACUGGAGGAGGAAGUGGCAGAGCGGCAGCCAGCAGAGCCCAGACGAUGGACGUCCGUCCACUCCAUUUAAAAGGCUUGAUAAACGCUCUCACAGAGGUCCAACAGCCUCGACGAGUGGAUGUGCCCUCCGCUGCCGGGUCAAGUUCCUGUCGGGCCGCCAGAGACUUGGUCGAUCUGCUCGGGGUGCCAUGGAGGAGGCUUCUUCUGUGAACAAGAGCUCAACAGAAAAACCUACAAAAUGUCAGAAGAGGAAAGUAUUUGGUUCUUUCUUCCGGAGGCUGUGGAAGGCUAUGAAGAGUCCUUUCGGCUGCUGUUUCCACAGUAGUGCUGUGGAUGUUGUGGAGCCUUUUGUCCUUCCAGCAGAUCUGGAGUCAGAGCCUGAUCCUGAACCGUCACCUGCUCCAGAUCGCUCCGCCGUCAAGACAAAUAACGAGUCCUUUGAGUCUCUCUACAACGCGGGAGAGAUGAUUGGAUCUGGAGGAUUUGGCAGGGUGUUCGAGGAAACACACAGAUUUGACACCAAAAAGGUUGCAUUCAAGCGGAUUCGCAAGACUGACAACAAUCGUUAUCUUGAUAUUCCCGGGCAUCCCAAGCCUCUCGUUACAGAAGUGGCGCUGCUGCUGAUGAUGAGGCGAGAACCCAUCAGCCCCUACAUCAUACAACUAUACGAGUGGUUUGAACAUCCUUGAAAAUUCACUCUGGUCAUGGAGUUCCCUGAACCCUGCGAGAGCUUGCUGGACUUCAUCGUUCGUCAUCCUCAACUGGACGAAACAACAGCGCGGGUCAUCAUGCCACAGGCUGUGCUGGCAGUACAACACUGCAUUGAGCACGGCGUUUUUCACAAUGACGUCCAUGCGCAGAACUUCCUGUUGAAGAAAAACACGUUAGAGCUCAAGCUGAUAGACUUUGGCUGCGGUCAGCUGUUUAGCAGCGAUGGCUACAAGAGGGACCUAGCCCGUGGAAUGCUGUAUUACUGCCCACCUGAAGCCUUGACAGACCCUCGAUUCCACGCCGUCCCAGCGAAUGUCUGGUCUCUAGGAGUGUUGCUGUAUGAGAUGGUGAACGCAUGUUCUCCUUUUCAGGAUAGAGCGGAAAUCACACGAGCCAAAGUCACAUUUCAGAACUCCAGCUUAUCCAAAGAAUGCAGACAUCUGAUUAGCCAGUGCCUGACCCGGGAUCCAACUAAACGGCUGACGACAGAGCAGAUGUUACAACACAAAUGGAUUCGAAAUGAUGUAGAUUGGAGAAGUUCAGAAGAUUCACUCGAUCAGUGAUUACAGGAAGUAACAGACUUGCUGUACUCGGAGGAGGGCUUGAACUCGAGACUCGACUGAAGCCUGAAGUCCAACCCCAACCUGACAGGAACUCACCAGAGACUCAGAGCCUGUCCACGUCUGAGCAAGAACAUGAGAGAUGACAAGACUGGAAAGAAGUCAUCAAGUCAUCACAUCUAUUUGCUUUGUUUUAAAAGUCAAGACAAGUCAUCUUUGUUUAUAUAGAACUUUGAAGUAACUAGAUACAUGUAGCGGCAUUACGUAAUUUAAUUACAAAAUAAAUGUAACUGUAAACCAUUGUUUUGGAGAAAGAUUAACAUAUUUGCCUUUUUUGGCAGAAGACAGGACCUCUCCUGGCUUAAUGUGUUCCCAGCAGUUGAAAACACCCUCUCACUAGGGGUGGAAGAGGCUUGAGCACAGAGGUAGACUGUUGCAAUUUUUGUGAGAAGGGGCAAAAUAUCUCUCUUCUCCCACCAUCACAUCGCAGGAUCUUCAGCCAUAGGAAUGGUAGACAGGCUUUUGUAGAGCUCAACCUCCAGGUCAACUCAUUCGCUAAGGGUGAGGGCCGAGGUAUCCUGUUGGAUCGUAAACCUCAAUUUCCUGUCCUCCUCUGAGAACAGCUCCUCCAAGGCACUCCUUGUUUUGUACAAUGGAGGAAACUGUUUCCUCCAUUUCCUCACCUUUUCCUUCAGACUUCUCCUUUUGCUGGUGAUCUGUCUGUCUGUUCCAGCCCUGUUAUUGGUCCUGUCACAUUGUCAACAGCUUUCUUCCUCAAUCUGUCCCAAGUUGCAUCACUGACUGACCCCCCUUUAAAUCUGGGGUCCAGUGCUGGGGCUUCAUGCCGGAAGGCUUGAAUGUCAUCAUUCUGAUAUCGCUGGGAGAGGUUCUCCCACACCUUCUCUUUGAUAGAUGCCACAAACAUUGUAUCCUCAUCCUUCACAGUAAAAUGGUCUUCCAUUUUUUGAAGGAUGGGUAAGAUCUGUCCACAGGUGGCAUUCUUCUCACAUGACACACACAGUGUGGAUGUAUAGAGGAUUCUAAUGAGCUGGAAAACUCCUUAUGGAAGUCCUCAUCUUUCAGACGGUCCAGGUUGUCUUCUUUGGGCAAUGCUUUUCACAGCUUGGAUCGCUGAAUACUGCUCCAUGAAUCUCUCUAUCAUUAGAUAGAAUCUCUCUAUCUCUAUCACUUGAAUAUUGAAUUAAAUUGCUAGAUGCGUGAAUUUCAAAAAUAACAUUUAUAAUAAUAGAUUGAACUGCCUAACCAAGGAGCUGCUGCUUUUACGUCAACACCGUUUCGACAGAGGAUCUCUUGAACCACACGACCACUGCUCUGAUUCGGGCUGCCCAUUCAUCAAUGGAUGCAAUUAGAUACAUUUUCUGUGCUGCCAGAAUCAAUGUAUGUGCAAAACAUCCUAUUUUUAGGAUCUGUAGCUUCUUGAUGGCAAUAUCCAUAUUGCCAGCAUUAUCAACGGUUACAGCUACAAUCUUGCUCGGCUCAAUCGCAAGCUUCCAGAAUGUCAGAGAUCUCCUCUGCCAAUACUUCGCCAGUUUGUGAUUUGUAAACUGCCCUGGUGUUGAGGACCUUCUGUUUUACACUGCCCUGGCUUGUGUAGUGCACUGUAACAGUGAGAUAGUGAUCCUGAUGGAGGCUGGUCCAUCCAUCUGUUGUAAUGGCCAGCUUUGGCUUGUCCUUCAGCUCUCUGAUCACAUUGGCCUUUUUAACACCAUACCAAGAAGGAAUUAACAUGUCAUUGGGUAUAUUUUGGGUUGAGUGCCUUGCAUAUAUCCCUAUGGUAAAAAAGCAAUGAUAGUUUUAAUUUGUUAUAUUAUCAUUAUUAAAUUAUUGUGUUGCUGUUUAUUGUAUUGUUGAGUGAUGGGACUAAUAUACAACCCUUUUAUAAUACUACUAUAUAUUUUUUAUAAUACUACUAUUUAUUUUUUUUCUGGUGUACAAAAGCAAAACACGUCGGACUGCGGAGUGGCUACAGAAAUUGAAAUCUAUAGUUAACGCUGUGUGCUGAUGUUGUUAACAUUAACAAUUUGAGAACAAAGUAUAACAAUACUAAUCAUUUGCACAGUUUGUUCUGAUCCAGCAAUCGUUAGAUUUAAUCACCAUUGGCAGUGCGAUUUAUUGUAGGCCUAAUGUUUUUGGGGUUUUUUUAGUCAGAAAAAAAGUGGCAGACAUGUUACUUUUGUUUGCUCAGAUGACAUUUUCCAGUGAAAAUUCUUAUUUUGGUCAUACUUCCAAGACAUAGAAUCAGUGAUUCCGAAAUACAGUAUCCACAAUUGUGUGGUGACUGACAGUAAACAUUAGAUUCUUCAUCGCUGAGGAACCGUGCCGAGGCACAACCACAUAAAGAUGAUAAUACCGCAAAUAACUGCAAUUGCAGGUUUCAAACAGAGAUGGCAACAAAGAGGCACAACUUACAGACUGCAGCUUUAAAAAAGUAAUUGAAAUAGAUACACUAUAUACAUUUUUAAAUAGGGUAACUUGUAAUCUGUAAACUAUUACAUUUCCAAAGUAACCUUCCCAACACUGUGUACAUAUAUUUAUACAAUACAGAUUGUUUCAAAGCAGCUAGUGUUAAACAGGCAGAUAAUGAUCAGUGAUGCAAACACAAUUCAAUUCUGCUGUAAAGCAGCAGUGUCAUUAUUCAGCUGAAGUCAGUUCAGUGAUAAUUCAGUUCAGUUAACUUUGUAAAGUUCAUAAAUUAUUAAAUUAGUUCAAUUCUGCUGUAAAACAGCUCUGCAAAAAAACAGUGAUGUCAUCAUUCAGCUCAAUAAAAAAAUUCUUGAGAAACAUUAUACGUGGAUCUUAGUGGGAUUACAAAAAGUAUGACAUGAUCCCUUUAAAUAAAUGCUUUCAAAGAAUAGAAAACUCAGGUGUGUGAUACCCCUACAUGGUUAUGUUACAAAUAAAAUAAAACAAAAUAAAAAGAUCAGCUUCACAUAAGUCAUGUUCAGUGCAUUACAAACCUUGAUAUUUUGUGUUUCUUCUUGACAGACAUGAUCUCAAU